AUGGAGUGUUCUCCCGAGAAAGGGGGUGAUGAUUCGUCCGAUCCGAGCAAGCCCAGGGCCGGCUGCGCCACGGCCACCCCCGGGGAGGAUGCCACCCGGGACGACCUCAAGCACCUGCAAUCCCUGGAGGAGACUCACGCCAAGCUCCUGGCCCGGAAGCAGGCCCUGGAGACGCACCUCAAGACCGUCAUGGCCCGCAUCGGAUGCUGCCAGACGGAAAACAUGCAGAUCAAGCGGCUGGUGGGGUGCCUGAAUGUCUGCAAGGAGGACUUCAACCAGCUGCACGCCCCUCCUGGUAAACGGGAGGAAGCCAUGCUGAGCGUGGGCAGCCGCCUACUCAACAGCCUGUGCCCGCCGGACCUAGUCGCCAGCGCGACGCGAGGCGAAGCUGUCGCCCGCACCCAGACCGGACAGCUGCUGCAGACCCGGCACGCGGAGGAGUCGCAGGUGGCGGCCGCCGCCCUGGUGGCCUGCGGGAACGACCCCGCCGCUGCGAUCGUGGCGCUCAUGGAGGCGGCCGACAAAGCCCAGCAUGCAUAG